GGACGACUUGAACAAACUACACGAAGGUGUUUUGAACGAUAUUGAAAGGCAAAAGCAGCGGCGUUUGCUACAAGAUCUUCAACAAGACACGGUGGUAGUACAAAACACUCGAAAUGGCGAAAAAGUCGCAUAAAAAAGAACACAAGAAAAAAAGCAGUAAGAAGAAGCGAUACCGAUCAUCGUCUUCAUCAUCCUCGGUGUCAACUGCAAAUACAUCUGAUAACGAUCAAUGGAUAGAAAAAAAAGAGAAACCUGUACGUGUAACCUCCCAAACGAAAAUAGAAGCUGAUAGCUGGUUGGACGUUAUAUGCAAUUCAUCAAAAGAACCUGAAAAAAAGAAUAAUAGUAAACAUGACGACGCUGAAAUUGCUAAAGCUAGAAUGAACAUGCCUGGGCAAUCUAGUCGAGAAUUAAAUCCUUACUGGAAGAAUGGUGGAACUGGUCUACCACCUACAGAACCAAAAAAAAGUCACCUCAAAGAAUUUCUCAAACCCAAAGCAGAUGAUGACGAUGAUUAUAGGAAACACCAAAUUAAAUAUGCAAGUUCGUCGAGUAGUCGCCAAUCAUGGCGGAAGCACGAUUCUAAAGACGGUAAACAUACCUUACAUCCCGAAAAAAGUCAUAGAUGCAGCUAUAAACGAGAUAAAGAUUAUAAUGACAGAGAACAUUCAAGUAACCAUCACAGUAGACAUAAAGAUCGUGACAACGAAAAAGAUGAUAAAAGAAGAUCACACAGAGAGCAUAAAAAUGAAAAGAAAUAUGAAACAAAUGAAGAAACCCAAACACAUGAUAAAAAUAGAGAUUUAUUAACCAGUUGUAGUUCGAAAAAUGAAAACCCUAAUAAUAUACUAGAAGAAAAUUCAGAAAACCCUCUAACAGAUGCAGAGUUAAAUGAACUUGCAGCAAAACAAAUCAAAGCAGAAUUAAUGGGAAAUACUGCAUUGGCUGAAGAAUUACGUCGUAAGCUUGAUUCUGCGCGAAAUCUCUCUAAAUCUAAAGAAGAUGAAUUUUCAACUGGUUCGAAACAGAAAGGAGAUUUUGUUUUGUUAACUAGAACUUCAUCUAAAGGAUAUAGUUAUCCUGUUGCGCCGUCUAAGUCUGAUCAAAAUAAUGAUGUUAGAAAGAAAAAACGAGAACGGGUUUUAACACACGAGGAUGGAAAAAGAGUUAGAUAUUUUGACGACGAUGACAAAUAUUCUUUGAAAUCAAUGUUUGAAAAAGAAAUGACUACUACAGCUGAAGAUAGCAAUUUAGAGUUUGUAAAACUAUCCAGAAAGGUUAAUAGUAGAGACGAUGAAGAUGAUGUUUUUGUUGAACGUGCAUCAGAAAAACGAUCAUCUAAAAAAGCUGUGAGGGAAACCGUGCGAGCAAUUAACGAACAUAAACGUACUGAAAAAAUUUUAAACUCAUGUCGUUAUUGCUUUGACAGUGAAGCAAUGAUGAAACAUCUCGUAAUUGCCAAAGGAGAAAAAUGCUACGUUUGUUUACCGUCCUAUAAAUCUCUAACGGAGGGCCAUUGUUUAAUUGUACCCAUUUACCAUUAUGCGUGUGCAACCGACAUUGACGAAGACGUUUGGACCGAAAUGCAGACAUUUAGAAAAUCAUUAACUUCAAUGUUUAAAGAUCAAGACGAAGAUAUAGUGUUUUUUGAAAGUGCAAUGCAACUAAACAACAUGCCUCAUAUGGUUUGGAAUUGCGUUCCUGUGCCUAUUGAAAUCGGAGACACGGCGCCGAUAUAUUUUAAAAAAGCCAUUUUAGAGUGUGAAACCGAAUGGGCGAUUAACAAAAAAGUCGUAGACCUCAGUAGUAAAGACGUACGUAGAGCUGUUCCCAAAAGUCUACCGUAUUUUGCUGUUGAUUUCGGAAUGCAAGGCGGAUACGCUCAUGUAAUUGAAGACGAAAAAUUGUUUCCAAAUAAUUUUGCUGAAGAAAUUAUUGGAGGUAUGAUGGAUUUAGAUCACAAUGUAUGGCGCAAACGUCAAAAAGAACCAAUUGAAGAACAAUUACAAAAAGUUACGUCAUUUUUGGAAAUGUGGGAAAAAAAUCAUUCUUAAAAAAAUAAUUUUCAAGUGCAAAUUUUAUAACUUUGUAGUAAAAAUAAUUCAUUUUUUAAAAAAUAAUUAAUAUUAAAUGUUCUAUUUUCCCUAUAAUUGUAGUAUAAACAAUACAACGUAUUUGAAAAUAUAAUAAAAUAUGCUGUUAGCAAUAAAAUAAAUC